AUGGGGGAUAAGUACGUGUCAGGCUACCCGCCGCCACCGUAUUACUUCCGGGAGUAUGUAGAUGCGGGUGAGGAGGUGGGCCAAGUGGAAGAUACGGAAGGGGGAGAAGACCACGCGGGUGCCCGCAAUCAUUUCUUAAGCAACAUAAAGCAACAGUACAAGAUUUACGAUGUCACAGAGAAUGUCCACGUGCAACCCCCAAUCGAUGGAAAGGAAAAGUACACCAAUCGAACAUGCCAACUGCUUCUGGGGAGACCCCCACCAGUACCCCUCAAAAGUAAUUACAACGUAUUUGGUAUUAAUCACCAAGUGGAGAAAAGAGUAGAAGAUUUAGAUAGUGAUGAGUUACUAUAUGAUGUGAAAAAAAAUUUAAAAAAUGAAUUUAUUAGGCUUUUUAAAAAAUAUAAAGAUUCCUUUUUCGAUCUUUUUGAUGACAUUGUAAACAAUAGACGGGACGACAAGACAAAAAUAAAAAUACUUAUUAAAGUCCACGUAAAUUUAUUUCAUAUUUUAGCGAAAUUGAGAUUCUACCAAACUGUUAAUAACGUUAUUAAUAUUUUGAAGGUGCAACUUAAGAGACGACAGAUAGCCAUCGACAAGAUGAAGUUAAGCUUGCUUAGUAUUUAUAGCUAUAUAAAUUUUGUGCAGGACAAUUUCUCCACCAACCGUGCAAUUGAGGAUGAUGAAGAAGGUGCCAGUCCCAAACGGAGGAGAAAACUCACCGCCCUGUAG